GAAGUAAGAACCCCAAGAGAGAGAGAGAGAGAGAGGGCCACAGUAAUUUGCAGAGGCAGUGGCAUGCAAAUUCUGAGACCCACAAUCCCACAAUCAUCAAAAGUAGAGGUAGACAAAUUGCUAAAGUGGUAGGAAACACCAGCCCCAUGAGCCAUCGCCUCUUUAACUUUCACUCUUUUUUGGGGGGAGGGGAAUCCUUCCGGUAAAUUCUUGAACUUUACAAAUUAAAGAGCCACUACCACUCUAAUUAUUAUCCCACCCUGCAAGUCUUUGUUCGGUGGUUCCCUUGAUGCUUGACACCGGGGCUCCCGUUCAAUCAUUUUAGCCACCUGUGGGCUUAAAAAGAAAAUGAGAUAAGAGAUAGGUUUCCAGUGAGCUCUCCGAUUACUGCUUCCUAGUGAGUUUUUUCUUGAGCUGUUUUGGGGUAUUGGGAUUGUCGAGCGGAGGAAAGACCUGUUUUUUCUUGUUUCUGAUUUCUGAGGGUACUUUUUGAAUUUUUGGGGUUUUUUUACCGGAAGUGGAUCUGUAGUUACCUCUUGAUAAUGCUUUUGUGGAUGUUUUUUUGUACUUUGCUUUGAGAGUAAAUUUCGUCUCUGCAAAGAUUAUAUUUUUGAAGACGUUGUUAUUCCUUUCCGCGUAUCCUUACCUUUCUGCUAUUCAGCUAGCUGUAAAUUGUAAUUUAUUUAUCCUGUUUUAGAGAAACUGUGAUUUAUUUUUAUUUUUAUUUUUGGGUUUUAGGUGGGUGGUUUUCAUCCAAAUCUUUACUCAUUGUUUCGUACUCCUUUUUUUUUUUUUUAUUCUUUUCUAAUUGUUGUUUUUAUAAAAAGCAGUUCUUUGGUCUUUUUCUGGAGGAAGUAAAAAUGAACUCGGGUUCCUUGAGUCAACAUAAAAACACAGCUUUCCAGUUUUCGUAUCUGUGUGUUUACAAGUUACCGAGGCUGUUUUGGAGAAGAAGAGUUUUGUUGUCAAAGAAGCAGUUCUUCAUUUCUCGGGAUUUUAUUCACUUCUAUAAAGUUCGAGUGACUCUAAUAAUCCACCGGGCUUCAGUGUAUUUUUCAUUGUAAAUGCCCCAUCUUGAGUGAAUAUUGCUGCGAAUUCUUCUUAAAUAUGGCUGAAAUUAGACUUACAAGGGUAGAACAAGGCCAGACGAAGAUCAGAAAUGUCCCAAUUGCGGUGACCCCGGAAGGUUUUUGGUGUUGUCCUUCUCCAGUUGGGUUUCAAAAGACCCUCAAAGCUCAAAACCCUCUAAACAAGCCAAAACCCUCCUCACCACCACCCAAGACCACUGUCACCAAGAAACAGACCCCAGUAACUGAAAGAAAGCCAACAUUCACCCCAUCAAGACCAGAUCAGCGAACCUUUGUCCCUGAUACACCCGGCCUGAGUGCACCUGUGGCUGCUGAAAGAGCACCAAGACCCAAAAUUGAAAAUUUGCCAAGGAAGGUGGCAAUUGAGUUUGGUGAGCCUGGAACUAGUGAUAUGAAGGUGAUUUUACUUGGAAAGCAGGGAUUUUGUGUGAAAUUGAGUGUUCAUAAGAAUGUUCUAGUGGAGAAUAGCCGUUAUAUUGCAGACAAGCUUUCUCAACCACAGUCUGGUACGUCAUCUCUUGAAAUUGAGGAUUGUGAGGAUGUUGAGAUAUAUGUUGAAACUGUGGGACUAAUGUAUUGCAAAGAAAUUAAGCAACGACUGAUCAAGCAAAGUGUCUCUCGCGUCCUCCGCAUUCUUAAGGUUGCAGAACUACUUGGCUUCAACUCUUGCAUGCAGUCAUGUUUAGAAUACUUGGAAGCUGUCCCUUGGGUUGGUGAAGAAGAAGAAAAGGUGGUUUCGUCUGUCCUACGACUCCAGGGUGAGGGCAUCGGUGUCACCCCAGUAUUGAAGCGAGUUUCUUCUGAUGCCUCCAAACAGCCAAAAGACACACUUUCACAAAUAAUUGACCUCGUUCUCAAAAGCAAUGAGGAGCGAGGCCGAAGGGAAAUGAAAUCAGUAGUGCUGAAGCUUCUUAGGGAGAAUAACAGUCUCCCAAGCUGUGCAGGUUCAUCUGAUAUCUUCAAUGAAACCGUUUAUAGCUCAUGCAAAAGCUGCUUGAGUUCUCUUUUGUCUUUGUUUAGGCAUGCUGCUGAACCUGGGUUUGCUGAUAAACCUAUGGACUACAGAGAACCUGUAGUGAAGCAAAUAGCUCUAGAGGCUGAUAACCUUUCAUGGUUGGUCGAGAUUUUAGCUGACAGGCAAGCAGCAGAUGAAUUUGCACUAUUGUGGGCUGGCCAGCAAGAGUUGGCUUCACUACAUUCAAAGCUGCCCAUUGUGUCUCGUUAUCAUAUUAGCUGCAUUACAGCAAGGCUAUUUGUUGGCAUCGGAAGAGGCGAGCUCCUGCCAUCAAAGGACACCCGUCAAUUGCUAUUACAAACCUGGUUAGAGCCAUUGAUUAAUGACUACAGCUGGUUACAACAUGGGUGCAGAUCAUUUGAUAGAAAGGUUGUGGAGGAAGGAAUUGGGAGGACAAUCCUCACCCUGCCUCUAGAGGAGCAGCAGAGCAUAUUGCUUUCUUGGUUAGGAAGUUUUUUGAAGGCUGGUGAUAACUGCCCAAAUCUUCAGAGAGCCUUCGAGGUCUGGUGGCGGAGGACAUUCAUCAGGCCUUACGUUGAAACUCCAGGUAAUAAUUUCCAGUCAGAUAGCUCAAUGACAUCACCAGUAAUAACCCUGAAGAAACAACCGCACGAGUGAGAGCGUACUCAACUACAGAGGGAUUAUAUUUCAAAGCCUGCGUCAAGACCAACUGAGGAGUUUAUGAGAACCGAAGAGUGAUGCUUGGAACUCUCUUUAGAAGGGGCAGAUUUUGCAGCUGAAAAAUUUGAAAAAAUAAAGUUCAGAUGUUGCAAAUCACUUGAGAAUCAAACUGGCGCCAUGGCUUGGGUUUAUACUGCUUCAUGCAAGAAAUUUUUUUUUGACUAAUCCUAUGUGGAUUGAUUUGGUGGAUAAUGGGUUUAUGGAUUGAAAGGAAUGUAACUGAAAGUAGUUUGCUUCAUGUGAGUUUAUUUUUUUCUGAAUGUAUCCAGACUGAGUGAAGCCUUUGCAGCUUUCCUUCUUUCUCACAAUACUUUUUCGUGUUAAGAGUACGUAGAUGUUCACAUUAUUAUCUAUUUGUGAAGUUUAUCCGAGUCUUCAAUGAU